UUCAAGAUAACCUGUACUCUAUAGUGCUCUCUCCUAGGAUAUCCCCUCCCCCCAUCCUAUAAACAAGCCAAGAUGUCAGGUCGUAUUCCCACAUUUUUCCAAAACUCUAUUAUAGCUGUGCAACAGUCAUCAAAGUCAUCAAUAAGGGGUCCCCGACACCGUCUGCCCAAUGGUCACCACAGAAAAUGUCAGCACAGUGGCCUCGAGGCCCGCGGUCGACCCGCAGGAACAAGGGAUGAACAGAUGCCAGGGCCCUUAUACCCCCGGAAACGUCGACCGAGAAGCCUUUUUCUUCGCUCCUUUUGGGAAGCAAUGCCGUCCGUUGUUUCCAUACUUGACCGGGUCUCUUGCCUGUGCGGUGAGUGGGAUAUGUGGGAGAGUCCGCCUCUCCCGGCUUGCUUCGCGGAAUUGCCGCGACUUCGGGGCCGCCGCCGUGGGUAUUGUUUUUAGACAAUGCGAAGAAAAUCCCCCCUCCUCCUUUUUCUUCCCCCGGAGACCUAACCCUAUGUAUCGUAUGGUUGUUUAUAGAUUGUAGUUGAAGAGAUUGUAUAAAGAAGUCGGUCGUUGUCCCCUCGUUCUAAGUGUACUCUCGCUCAUCGCCUCUUACUCUUUCUCCUCGUGCUUGUCCUCGUCCUCCUCCAGACCAACUUUGUUAUCAGCAGACAGGCAUAGUAAGCCCAUCACUCUCUGGUUGAACACCGCCAACAAAAUCUCCACGACUCGUUCCGCAACCUUUCAUCCUACCAUCCUACUCCUCCUCCCUCCCCUCCCCAAGGAAAGGAAAAAACUCACCAGGAUGCGCGCUUCCACAGCCCUCGCGGCAACCGUCGCCAUGUCCGCCAACGCCGCCGCCGCCACCGAGAUCGCCGCCCACCCGUGGCUCGCCCCCGACGCCUCGGCCGUCCGCUCGCCCUGCCCGAUGCUCAACUCCCUCGCCAACCACGGCUACCUCGCACGCGACGGCCGGGCCAUCAGCAUGGCGGACCUCAUCUCGGGCCUGGGCUCGGCGCUGCACUUCAACGAGAGCCUCGUGCGCACGCUCGGCACCCCCGCGUUCGCCACGUCGACGACGGGCGACCCGACCACCUUCAACCUCGACGACAUCGCCAAGCACAACGUCAUCGAGCACGACGGCAGCCUGUCGCGCGCCGACUUCGCCGUCACCGGCGACGCAAAGACUUUCAACCAGACCGUCUGGGCCGAGACCAGGGGCUACCUCGAGGCCGGCGCCGCGGCGACGGUCGACACCAAGACCAUGGCGACGGCGCGCAGCAAGCGCAUCGCCACGGCGCAGGCCACGAACCCGUCGUUCGGGCUGACGUCGAGCCAGGUCACCGUGUCGCUGGGCGAGUCGGCCGUGAUCCUCGGCACCAUCGGCCAGAGCUUCAGCGAGCCCGCGGCGCCGCUCGAGUGGCUGAGGGUUGUCUUCGAGCAGGAGCGCCUGCCGUUCGCCGAGGGAUGGACCACGUCGGAGACGGAGAUCACGACGGCGCAGGUCCUGGGCCUGUCGCAGCGCAUCGCCACCAGCGCCAGCAGCUAGAUUGCCUGGAAAAUAUUAUCAUAAUAGAAAAAUAAUUUUGUGUGAGCCUCCCCCAAGUGACUGACU